CCUUAUUAUCCCAUUCCACGGCUCUUCCAAUUUGCAUUAACUUUGUAGCGUGAGAACAUUCUAGAAUAAUAGAUACACCACUCCUGCACAUUCAGGCCACGCGACGCCAGAGUCAUAUUUGAUAUUUUCCACGUCCCUUCUUUUCUGCUUUCCACUCCCAUGUCUUCCUUUACCGGGACUUUUAUUUCCAUGAUAUAUAUCCAAUUCUCGCUUUGGUUUUAUGACUCGUCUCCUUCGUCUACCCCUUUUCCACUUGCAGUUUGACUCUGCCUGUUCCCUCCUCCGGAUCUUGAUCAACAUCACACGCUCUCUCCCGCAGCUUUUGUGAUUCAAGUCCUGCGCCACAAUGCCUCGCCGCGGAGGCCGAAAGCAACCCGAAGCUCGCCCGCAUCAAUCGUCUCCUGCCCCGUCCCAAUCUACCCGGGGUCGGGGUGUUGCUCGAGGCGGGCCGCAAGAGGGACCGGGACUCGGCGCUGCCCCUGUAUCGGUGACGUCUGCUCCUCCGGCUCCGGCCAUUGCUCCAGACGCUCCGAGUGAUGAGUUGGGGCGGCUAACAUUGCAGUCUCCGGCGCCCUCAUCGUCAAAGGCCUCGAGAUUUGCCGACCGACCUGAUUUUGGCAGGAUAGGGAAGAAAAUACGAGUUCGUGCAAAUCACAUUCUCGUUAAUGUUGCUGACAAUGAUCUUCACCAGUACGAUGUAUCCAUAACGCCAGAAGUUACUUCGAAAAAGAUCAAUAGAAAUGUGAUGAAUCAACUAGUCCAGUUGUACCGAGAGUCACACUUGGGCAAGCGUAUACCAGCUUAUGAUGGCCGGAAGAGUCUUUUCACAGCAGGCCCUUUGCCCUUUGACUCAAAAGAAUUUGUGGUCAAGUUGGUAGACAGCGAAGAACCCGAUGAUUCUUCUGGUUCAACGAGGAAAAAACGUGAGCGCCAGUUUAAAGUCACGGUUCGUUAUGCUUCUAAGGCUGAUCUCCAUCAUCUGUGGCAGUUUCUAAGACGUCUACAGCUGGACAAUCCACAAGAAACUAUUCAAGCACUUGAUGUGGUGCUGAGGGCAUCGCCAUCUGAAAAGUAUACUGUGGUCGGGAGAUCUUUUUUUUCACCUAGUUUGGGUCAACCUGGCGAACUUGGUGAUGGGAUAGAAUACUGGAGAGGAUAUCAUCAAAGCCUUCGCCCGACCCAGAUGGGACUUUCCCUUAACAUUGAUGUAUCAGCAAGGGCAUUUUAUGAAAACAUUUUUGUGACUGAAUUUAUUGCAAAGCACUAUAGUUUUAAUUUUUCAAGGCCUCUGUCUGAUCAAGAAAGAAUCAAGGUUAAGAAAGCUUUGAGAGGAGUUAAGGUGGAAUUUACUAAUGGUCAGUGUACUCGAAGUUACAAAAUAACUGGUGUCUCAAGGGAACCACUGGGCGAGUUGAAGUUUACUCUCGAUGACCAGAGAACAAAAAUAACCGUUGUUCGAUAUUUUCGUGAGAAAUACAAUGUUGAGCUCAAGUGUUUGGCCCUUCCUGCCCUCCAAGCCGGGAGUGACACAAAACCUAUUUAUUUGCCCAUGGAGCUUUGCAAGAUAGCUGCUGGCCAACGGUACUCAAGGAAACUGAAUGAGAAGCAAGUAACUGCACUUUUGAGAGCAACCUGUCAACGACCAUUUGACAGGGAGAAGGACAUUAGAGAGAUGGUAAGACGUAACAGUUUCAACAGAGACAAGUUUGUGCGUGAAUUUGGAAUUCAAGCGAGUGAAGAAUUAGCAUUGUGUGACGCACGUGUUUUGCCUCCUCCAAGGCUCAAAUAUCAUGAAACUGGGAAGGAAACAAUGGUUGAACCGUAUAGGGGUCAGUGGAAUAUGAUAAACAAGAAAAUGAUAGAUGGUGGGAACGUGCAACAUUGGACUUGUUUAAGCUUUUCUACUAGAGUGAGCAGAGAUUUGCCUUUUCAAUUUUGUAAUGAGUUGGUAAAUAUGUGCACCAGCAAGGGAAUGGUUUUCAAUCGAACCCCUUUACUUCCUAUAAGGUCAGUUCAUCCUAGUCACAUUGAGGGGGCUCUUAGAGAUGUUAGCAAGCAAUCUAGCAAGAAGCUUCAGCUGUUGAUUAUAAUCUUGCCUGACAUUAAAGGUUCUUAUGCAAAGAUUAAACGCAUUUGUGAAACAGAAUUGGGAAUAGUGUCUCAAUGCUCUCAGCCCAGGGAAGCUUCAAGGCUACAAAAGCAAUAUCUUGAAAAUUUGGCCCUCAAGAUCAAUGUUAAGGUUGGGGGGCGCAAUACAGUGUUAAUGGAUGCAAUUCAGAGAAGAAUUCCUCAUGUGACUGAUCGCCCUACUAUAAUAUUUGGUGCGGAUGUAACACAUCCACAGCCAGGGGAGGACUCGAGCCCUUCUAUAGCAGCUGUAGUAGCUUCCAUGGAUUGGCCUGAGGUCACUAAGUACCGCGGAAUUGUUUCUGCCCAGUCACACCGUGAAGAAAUUAUUCUAGAUCUUCAUAGAACUUCUCAGGAACCUGGUAGGGGAGUUGUACAGGGUGGAAUGAUUAGAGAGCUACUUGUUGCAUUCUUUAGAUCAACCAGAUUGAAGCCAGACAGGAUUAUAUUCUACAGAGAUGGAGUUAGUGAAGGCCAAUUCAGUCAGGUUUUACUUCAUGAAAUGGAAGCUAUAAGAAAGGCUUGUGCCUCGUUAGAGGAAGGAUAUCUGCCAAAAGUAACCUUCUUGGUGGUACAGAAAAGACAUCACACCCGUUUUUUUCCUGAUCAUAAUAAUCGCGAUCAGACUGAUAAAAGCGGAAAUAUUUUGCCAGGCACUGUUGUCGAUACUCAGGUUUGCCAUCCCAGAGAAUUUGACUUUUACCUCAACAGCCAUGCUGGCAUUAAGGGAACAAGCCGACCUACGCAUUAUCAUGUACUAUUUGAUGAGAACAACUUCAAGGCUGAUGAGCUGCAGACUUUAACAAACAACUUGUGUUACACAUAUGCAAGGUGCACUAGAUCGGUGUCAAUAGUUCCUCCCGCUUAUUAUGCCCAUUUGGCUGCUUUCCGUGCUCGCUACUACAUUGAAGGCGAGACAUCGGAUGUUGAUGCUUCAAGUGGAACAGGAAGUAGGAGCACUAACGUUGUGGUAACUCUUCCGACAAUCAAGGACAAUGUCAACGUCAUGUUUUACUGCUAACGCUGCUCAAGUUUAGUAAUUUUGGUUUAGACUAUGAGAUGUAGAGAUCAACUCAUGCUUUUUAUUUGUAUGUAAAGCUGGUUUUAGUUAUUUUGGGUAAGAUUAUGAGAUGAAGAGACCACCUCGUGCUUUUUUUUAAGUAUGUGCUGUCAACUUUUUGUGAUUUUGGGCAGUUUAGGUGGGCCUUUCUUCUAUCUGAGGAAUGACUUAUCCUGGUUGUUGUUUAUCUUAAAUAUUUUACGUUUCAUAUGUUA